CCGCCGACUGAUUGGUGGGCGGAAGAGUUUUCUUCCGGCAGGAAGGGCCGGGGGGGCGGGCCUGUGGGGAAGUGAUGGGACGGGCUUACCGGGUUGGGCGGGUCCCAUCGGGGAGGGGUUUGUGGGAGUCCUGCGUCCCCCGCCUGCAGAGGAGAUGGAUGAGGACGGGCUGCCUCUCAUGGGGUCAGGCAUAGACCUGACCAAGGUGCCGGCUAUUCAACAGAAAAGAACGGUGGCUUUUCUAAACCAGUUUGUGGUGCACACUGUGCAGUUCCUCAACCGCUUUUCUACAGUUUGUGAGGAGAAACUAGCAGGCCUUUCUCUUCGUAUCCAACAAAUUGAAACAACUCUCAAUAUUUUAGAUGCAAAGUUGUCAUCUAUCCCGGGCCUAGAUGAUGUCACAGUUGAAGUAUCUCCUUUAAGUGUCACUAGUGUCACAAAUGGACCACACUCUGAAGCCACUUCGGAGCAAUCACAGCAGAACAGUACACAAGACUCUGGACCACAGGAAAGUGAAGUUUCAGCAGAAAAUAUCUUAACUGUAGCCAAGGAUCCAAGAUAUGCCAGAUAUCUCAAAAUGGUUCAAGUGGGUGUUCCAGUGAUGGCAAUAAGAAACAAAAUGAUAUCAGAAGGACUAGACCCAGAUCUUCUUGAGAGACCAGAUGCUCCAGUGCCUAAUGGCGAGAGUGAAAAAACUGCAGAAGAAAGUUCAGACAGUGAAUCUUCCUUUAGCGACUAAGCUACAAUUACACGUGCAUGGGUAGCAUUCACAUUCUAUGAGAGCGAGCCUGCACUCUAGCUUACAGUCAUAAAAACAUCAAGUGGACCACAUAUCACCAACCUUCCUGUAUGUUUAAAAAAAUAAAUAAAGCGUUUAUAACCUGCCAA